CGGGAGAUGCUCUGAAAAUAAAACGCUUGCAGCGCGAGAUGUCCCCAGAAUUAACUAGUUGUUAUUCGGUGUCGGUUGCAAACACCAUCUACAAUCAAAUCUAGUUUUGAAUAAUAAUAAGCCACAAAAUAAUUAAACAGGUAAAUACCCAAUCCUUCAUUUUCCUUAAUUUUAAAAUGAUUCUGUCUUGUGAAUUUAUUUUCCAUGAAUAAAUACGGUUUCAGUUUUUGUGCGGUUCAUGUUUUAUGAGUCACGUUGCUCAUUUACACAGUUUUAACGCGAUGAUGUUUUUUGAAAACAACGCUUAGAAAUUGCCACCAAACUAACCCGUUAAAACGUAAAUGUUACUUUAAAUGUUUAUAAAUGUUUUUGGGGAUAUAAUUUUUGAAGCAAUUUGUCCGAAAAAUUGACAUAGGCUAACUUACAAGAUUUGUUUCAUGAGUAGGCCAUCUUGUUUUCACUCUUAUUCAACAAGGCGAUCGUGUUAACGCUAUUUUUAAACUCGAACCGAGAUUACAUAUGUAUUUUCUUGUCUUUUUCUUAUAUCGUCCGGCAUAGACAUGGACGAAAGGGUCGUCAUCGCUGAUAACGGAAAGGAACGAUCGAGGCGACCUGUUAGAAAUAAGAAAUACAACAGUUUAAGACGAAACCAAAAAAAAACGGAUUUCAGGAGAAAUUUUGGGGAAGAACGGCGACCACCUAAACGACUUUUUACACCGGAAAUUAAAAGGUUCCUCAAAGGAUGGUUGGUGAGGAGACGAGAUAAUCCUUAUCCGAAUCGGGAUGAAAAAAAAGCUUUGGCUCUCCAAACAGGAUUAACUUAUAUUCAAGUAUGUAAUUGGUUUGCAAAUUGGCGAAGAAAAUUAAAAAAUGCGGGAAAAGAACCACAAAGAAAAACUUGGGGUUACUUAAUUAAAACCUACAACAGUCAAGUUCAAGGAAACGUAGAACAUUUUAGUAUUUGUUCCGAUGAUAGCAUCUGGGAAGAUGAUAGCGUUCAACAUCAUUCCGUUGAAAUAGAUGCUGAACAGUACGAAGAUUUCGUUCGGCAAAAUUCGUUCGCACGGGAAAACGACGAAUUUCUCGAUAAAAAUCUUUUGGAUCAUUGUUAUACGAUAGAAGGUGAGAAUAAUAACAUUCAAGCUCAAUGCUAUUAUAUCAGUUCAACCACGGAAAACGAUAUUCAAGAAGUUCCUCAGCAAGCAAAUAAAUAUAAAAGUCAUAUUAUGGAGAAAUAUUUAAGAGAUUGCCAAAAGGUUGAAAAUACGUCUUCAAAUAAUAAUAAUUAUGAGGAUGAAAUCGCUAAACCCUCUAUUAUAUCGAAAUGGAGGGAAAGUGCAGCUAAUUUUAGACCGAGUGAAAAAAAUUAUUUGCAUUGGACGUUGACGAAAACGCAGAAAAAGAAGAAAAUUAAGAAUAAUUAUGAUGGGGGGAAUUAUCAACAACAUGGGAGAGAAGAAUUAGAUGCAGCUGAGACUUUAACUAGAUUAGCAAACGCUUAUAACGCAAAUUUUGCCAUUAACGUCUAAAAUAAAGUCUUUGGCAUUUAUUUAGUCUAAAGUACAAGAAUUUUCGUGUGCUUAUAUUUUAAAAAUAAUUACAAUUGCGAAUAUUCAAUUUGAACCAUUAAAUCUCAUUAUUUAUUCACUUAAAUUUUACAUUAACAUAUAAAAUAUGUUUUAAGGUUAAAUUGCAUUAAUGGUUUAAAUGUUGUUUGCAACUGUACUUUUUUGUUAUUACCCCCAACGUUCCAAUUACUGUCAAAAUCCAUUGAGAUUAGACGAGAGUUUUUUGAAAUGCUCAAUUUUAUUUCAAUUUGUACUGUGAUUUGUAUUGUUUUUCUGAUUAUGUUUGAUUAAAAAUUGUUAUUAAUACAAAAAUUCAAAGUUAAUAAAAAGAGUAAUACAAUACAAA